AUGGGUGACGUCUCGAUUCCCGGGAUGGAGAUGACAGAUGAGAUGUGGGAGAACAGCAGCUUCGCCGGCCCCUCGCCUGGGCUCCCCCUGUUUCUGCAAAUGUUCAACGGCAGCGAUCUGAAUGAGACGCUGUCCAACUCCACCAACUCCACCAUCCAAGGUGGCUCCUCAGGUCCCAGCGUGGCGGGGGUCCUCAUCCCGCUCCUAUACUUCAUUGUUUGUAUCAUCGGCCUGGGUGGAAACACUUUGGUGAUUCACAUUGUGCUGCACUACUCGAAGAUAGAGUCAGUCACCAACAUCUACAUCCUGAACUUGGCCAUCGCUGACGAGCUCUUCAUGUUCAGCCUGCCUUUCCUGGCGGUGCAGAACACCCUGCAGUCGUGGCCCUUUGGCUCCUUCAUGUGCCGCCUGGUCAUGACCGUCGACUCCAUCAACCAGUUCACCAGCAUCUUCUGCCUGACCGUGAUGAGCAUCGACCGCUACCUCGCCGUGGUUCACCCCAUUCGGUCCUCAAAGUGGCGGCGCCCUCAGGUGGCCAAAAUGGUGAAUGGCACCGUGUGGGCGCUGUCGUUCCUUGUCGUUCUGCCCGUGGUCAUCUUUGCCAACAUCCAGAAGGCGGGAGGCACCUGUAACAUCGCCUGGCCUCAGCCGGCUAACAUCUGGAGGGCGGCCUUCAUCAUCUACACCUCCACUGUUGGAUUCUUCUGCCCUCUUCUCAUCAUCUGCCUCUGUUACCUGCUUAUCGUUUUCAAGAUCCGCAGCUCGGGUAAAAAAGUCCACGCCACCUCCACCAAGCGCAGGAAAUCGGAGCGGAAAGUGACGCGCAUGGUUGUGAUUGUUGUUGCCGUGUUUGUCUUCUGCUGGCUCCCUUUCUACGCCCUCAACAUCAUCAACCUGCUGGUGUCCCUGCCCCCAGAGUACCAGGGCCUUUACUAUUUUGUCGUAGUGCUCGGUUACGCCAACAGCUGCGCCAACCCCAUCGUCUACGGCUUCCUGUCAGACAACUUCAAGCGAGGUUUCCGGAAAGCGCUCUGCCGCUCCACGAGGAAGGUGGAGAACCACGAGCCCAUGGAGCGCCAGCAGCAGCAGGAGGAAGGGAGGAGGGCGCUCAUGCCCAGGGAGAGCCUGCGACGGGCGAUCAGGGACGAGGAGGAUGACGACGAGGAAGACGUCUCAGAAAUGACUGAGAUCUACAGGAUCGCCCAGAAUGGAAACAGCAGCCUCCAGCCGCAGAGCUCGCAGCCGCUGUUCUUGGAGAAAGGAGCGACUCCAGGAGCAACGGAGCCGUCGUCCCCAGACAAGAGGGACAAAGCCGGGGACGCGAAAGGGAAACAUCCAGUCAAUGGGUCCACGCUGACGGUCCCAUUGCUUCUCAACGGAGCCAAAAAUGGGAGCAUCAAAACCCUGCCAGAGGAAACCUUGGAACAGAGCACCUCCUUGGAGAUAAGUUAUUUGUAGUAUAAAAUAUUGACUGUAAGCUUAUGUUACUUGAAGUGAACUCAGUAUUACGACACCAGGCGGCCCGCGUCUAUUCCACAACACAGAGCUGUUUGUAAUGGAGCAAAAAUCCCAUUAAUGAACAUUAAAAAACUCUGACAGGGUUAAGAAUUGCUUUGUUCGAUCAAAGGACUCAAAGGAGUUGGUAAAGUUCUACCAACACACAGAAAGGACGACUGUUUAUAAUGUGUGCUGACUGUAUAAUGGGUAUUUGUAUCAUUUGUUUUGCCGGUUCCCUUUCAAGGGAAAUGUCAGGUUCACAUACCGAGUCCCAUGUGUGGUUAGGUUUAGGCAACGAAAGCCCUUUGGUGGAGGUUGGUGAAAGAUGGCGGUUUCGGUUAAAUGUUAAUGAACGCGUCGUUUCUUGCGCUUCAAGUGGCGUUUGACUUUUCCUGCGUUAAGCCAGAACCACGAUCUUUCCCCUAAAGUUCUGUGAGUGCCUAAACAGGACCAUAAAAACCGUUAAUCACGAUGCAGUCGCUACAGGCAGAUAUUGUAGGAACAUUUUGCGACUUUGCUGGUACUUUCAGUAAUGUCUCCUCAUUAUGUUGAUUCAAAAACACCUAAUCAGGGCAGCAAUAUGUUUCCUUGAAAACAUACUGUAUUUGCUGUUGCAGAUUAAUAGUAUAGAAACAUCAUUUCUAAGAGGGGGUUGCAUGCCUACACAUUCUCACUGAUUAUUUACAGACACUGUAUAUGAAUAUUAACUAACUGUAUAUAGCUCACAUUCAGUCCCUGACCUUGGGCUGUUGAUCUAAGCUUUGUUGUAGCUGAAAUUGUGACUUUGUGAAGGAGUUGUUGUUUUUUUCUUUUACGUCCUGGUUGGAAAAUGCACUGUUUCCUGUGAAAGCCUAAAGCUGUGCCUGAUAAUGUUGCACUCUGGACGGAAGCUCAAAUUUAAAAAAACAUUUUUCGUUUAACUGCACAUUUUAUGACGUUAGAUAAUUAAACUGACAAGUGCUGCCUGAUGCUUCCACGUCCGGAUAGGAUCAAGAAAUACCUUUCUGUGGGAUGGCAGCAAUUGCUUUUUCUUUUUCUUUUUCUUUUUUUUUGUCUUUAUGGUACACUAAAAGAAAACAUCAUUAUAGUUUUUAAUCAGUACAACAUUGAUUGAACAUGUAGUUCUGGAGGCUCUUGAGCUAAAUUCUUUCAUGAAGCUUGCGCAACACUGACAAAUAUUAAAAGUUGAUAAUUUACUAUUUUGUUAUCAGAGCGCACUUGUGGGCGGCGUACUGCACAUGGGUGACUUAAUAUUUCAAGAAUGUGCGUUAUCAUGUACAACAAACUCGGACUAUAAAUUACACUCAGUGUUCUAAUCACAGUGGCCUUGUGGUGGUGUGCAAAUAUAGCGCUGUGUGUUUUAAUCGUCAC